CAGCAAGUGCAGGGCCCAGAGGGGAUGAGUCACAGGUGCGUGCGGGCGCUCAGAUUUCCAGAUUUCCGUAGGUGAGGGACAGACGCCUCUCUCCAGACAAACGUGGAGCCCGCUCUCUCUUCUCCCCCGCAGCAGCCUUGACCCGGGGUUGGAGGCCUGGUCGGCCCGGUCUGGUCCCCGUCCGGGGCCAGCGCGGGGCUUCCCCCAUGUAUGACCAGCGCCUUGCUCGGGUGCUGCUGCUGCUGCUCGGCCUACAGCUCUCAGCUUUUGGGCCGACAGCAGCCAUGGAAAUUUACACCCCCCGCGUGCUGGAGGCUGUGAACGGGACUGACGCUCGGUUAAAAUGCACUUUCUCCAGCUUCGCCCCCGUGGGCGACGCUCUUACAGUGACCUGGAAUUUCCGUCCUCGAGAUGGGGGGCCUGAGCAAUUUGUAUUUUACUUCCACCAGGGGCCCUACGGUGCCAGGAUAGGGCGCUUCAAGGACCGGGUGUUCUGGGACGGGCAUCUUGAUCGCUACGAUGUUUCCAUUAUCCUCUGGAAGCUGCAGUUCGAUGACAAUGGGACCUACACCUGCCACGUGAAGAACCCACCAGAUGUUGACGGGCUGAUAGGAGAGAUCCGGCUCAGUGUGGUCCAGACCGUACAGUUCUCUGAGAUCCACCUCCUGACCAUGGCCAUCGGCUCCGCCUGUGCGCUGAUGAUCAUAAUCGUAAUUGUGGUGGUCCUCGUCCAGCAUUUCCGGAAAAAGCGAUCGGCUGACCGAGCUCAUAAAGUGGUGGAGAUAAAACCAAAAGAAGAUGAACGGCUCAACCAAGAAAAAAAGGGUUCUGUUUUCUUUGAAGAAAACUGACGAUCACGUUGAGAUGGAAGCUGAAGCUGUCCAAGAACAAGAAAUCCAGGUUAAGGUGAAGCGAAUGGAUGCUUUUCUCGGCUUUUCCCGUUGUGAUUGUCUUCCAGCCUGCUCUGUGGGGCACUUGCUCCUAGAUAACGAAGGGUUUUCUGAGGCCGGUGUAGGUCCCUCUCAAGCACGUAGCACCAGCCUCCGAAUGGAGGUUUUAUUUCUGAGUGCAAAUACAUUUUGACUACUCAUCAGUUUUUUGUAAACUAACAACCCAGGUUUUUGCCUUUGGGCAGUCCUGGUGGAUUGUGACUUGGAUCCACAUGGAUCAGCUCCAAACGAGGCAGAAAUGAACAGACAGAAGUGAACGUGCCAGCCACACUGCCUUGCACACACCACAGUGCCUUUUUCAGAAGCUGCACUUACAAGAAAGAGAAUUUGCUUACUCCUUGUCCGCGCAGUCUGUAAUUAAAAGGUGGUGGAUUAACAGUCAAUCUUAAUACUAUCCGACAGCAUUUUGAUAAUUAAGGCUCUCCUUAAGUACAGGGCACUUCUUGUUAGACUGACUUUUUUCCCCUCCAAUAUCCCAGAUGGCAGUUUUUUUGGUCAAUUGGUCCAAGGCUUACAAUAGCACACAUCAGAAUAACUGAAUUCACUAGAAAAGGCUAUGUAAGAGUUUACAGACGGACUAAUCCCACCUUAUCAUGAUUCACUUGUUGGCAUUUUUUCUGUCUUGUGAAUAUCUAUGACACUUGAGCAAAGUCUAUAUUCAUUUGUGGACUGGAAUCACGGAGCCGUUAAACAGAAUGAUUCUCUAGUCCCACACUGUGACCUUGGAGACUUAGGGCUGUGAAAACCACCAUAGCAACAACCAUCACAGUGCUAAGUGAUAACUCUGUGGAGAAAGAGCCAACGCUCUGAGAACUGGAAAAAGGAUCUACGUUCUUUCUUCUACUUCACUACUUCUACUUCACUUACAUUUUGUGGAAGCGAGGAUUUGGUGUGAGACAAGAAAUGCCAAAAGUACUUUCACUGAAUGAAUCAACUUUAUUAUUCUUUCUUCCCUCGUACUGAUAGAUAAAGCAAACUUUAUAAAUGGGCUUUGGAAAGAUGAGAGCCUUUUAAAAACUGUCACUUCCCAGUGUUUUCCUAAACUUAAGCUACAGCAGUGUUUGUGCAAAGUUUAGAAAACACCAGCUUAGGCUCCAAAUAACAUGUUCGGAGCCUGAUGGUUUCCAUUUUCAUGGAUUGGGCUGCAGAAAAUGAACUUUUGAAUAGGCUAUCUGCCUUUAAUGAUGUUUAACCUUGAUAUUCUUCCAAUCUUUCUUUUCCCCCCUUGAGGUAAAACUCACAUAUGAACCUUGAUUCUGAAAUUCAUUCAACAUCUCUCAUUUGAUCUUUUAUACUAAAUGAAAAUGAUCAUUUCAAGACUUAGUCUUGAAAUGAAAAUUUAGAUUUGAAACCUGUCAUCCUUCUAUCUACAUUUUACAUUUUCAUUCCUAGUUCAGCCUUGGAGUCUAGUAUAACUGGAUACUUACUCAAACAAUGGAGAGAAACACAGUCCUUACAAACUGACGACGGAGUCUUGCUAGCAAACCUUGUAGCUCGUGCCUCAGCUAAAUAUUCAAGAUGUAACAAACAUGGCCCCAUUGUUGAGUGUCUUGCUCCUAAAGAGUACUUUUGUAUUGUAAUUUAUUUUUUAUUAUGCCUUAAAAACUCAUGUAAAUAAACUUUCAGUAAUAAAAGAAUUAUCAACUUGCUUGUAA